AUGACGGCCCGUGACAGACGGGAACCAACAGUCUUCCACGGGACGGAGACGGAAUUCUGUCAGUCUCUCACUCUCGGCGUGCAGCGUGGCUUGUUGCUUGUUUCUGUUCCGGCGGCCGACAUCUCUUGCGAUCGCUCUUUGUUCAAGGGAGAACUCCAUGAUCCAUUCCAAUAUCAAUUUAUCCAUCUAGCAGUGGGGAAUGGAGUUAAGAGGUUCUGGAGAUAUUGUCACUUGUUGACUGCCCCUGGUAGGCAAGUUCCGUUUCUAGCGCACAGUCAUCACAUGGGUGUUUGUUCAUUCAUGCUUAUGAUAGAUUUCUGA